AUGACUGGAGCCCUGCAUACUGGACUCAUUCUCUUCUCCUUCAUGGUUGUAUGUAAGAGUGAGCCAACACAUGCUGGACCAGACAGAGUGGGGGGAUCACAUGGACAGUCCGAAUUGGUUCAUCUGACGUCUCACUCGGCCUUCCAGCUGUUCAAUGACUCGCUUGCCUUUACCAGAGCAGAGAGUUUUUGCAGAGGCCAGUUCAGCUCCCUCGCCAACCUGGACCAGACAGAGGACCGGGAAGGGACCUUAGAGCUGUUACAACAGACUGGGCUUACUUUAGCUAUUUGGGUUAGGGACCCCAGCAAAGUAGCCUCCAAGCCUGUGGCCCUAGCCAAGCAGUAUGUGCAGUUCCCAGCUCUAAACUUCACAAAGGAAUCCCGUGAGGGCUUUGCUCGUGUCAACAUGUCCUUCCCUGCCCUUUCAUCUGUCAGUGUGUGUGUUCGAGUUCAGUGGGACCCAGAGUGGAAUGAGGUGUCCACCAUCUUCUCCUAUGCUGCACCUGUCUUUACCAAUGAGUUCCAGCUACGAGGCCAAGCAGACAUGCAGGAACGCAUCCUCCUGGCGCUCAUCAUCCAUGGGAAGCACCUGCCGUAUAAGGCAUCCUUCCCCAAUGACGGUGCGUGGCAUCACAUUUGUGUUACAUGGCGCCGCAGCAUUGGCCAAUGGGCUAUCUAUGUGGACGGUAUCAGGAAGGACAUGGGAUCAGGAACAGACACUUCUAGGGAUAUCCAUGGAGACGGGAUACUCAUUCUGGGUCAGGACCAAGACUCCUUUGGAGGGAAUUUUACGGAGCCUUAUUUUGGAGCUAUCACUGACCUGAAUGUUUGGAAUAUGUAUCUAGAAACAAGACAUGCCAGUGCCCUCAAUGCGUGUUCACUCAUGAGCCAGAAAGUGCUGUUCAGUUGGAAUCCAGACUACCUUACCAGCCACCCAGUGGUCAAAGAGGUGCAGGCCCUUCUGUUUUGCCCAGCUGUAGACCAGCAGAUGGAGCUGCAGGGCUGCAGGACGCUGCAGCGCUGGUCAGAUCAGCCCCCACUGUUUGGCUUGACAGACUGCUUGGAACGACUGCCAUUCAUCUGCAGGAGCAGCAGAGAGCGUUACCUGAAAAUGAAGCAGAUGAGUGGGACUCAGCCUUCUGCCUUUCUGAACCAUCUGAUGAAGAUUUCCAACAAAACCCAGCCCGUGCUGGAGCAGCAACCAUCAGGGCUGAGCAGCCUGGCCCAGGCAUCCGACCUCCUGGAAAUCUCUGUCCAAGCCUUGGAGGACACUCAGCAGGAGGGACUGCAGCCAACAGACAUGGUGUCCCUCAUUCAGCUACUCUCUCUGGCUGCUGACAUCCCCUCACAGCCGUCUGCUUCUGCCACCAGCCACAGACAGGACAGCAUCCAGGAGCUCAGCCAGCACUUCAUCAGCGUGGCAGACAGCAUCAUUAAUGAAGAAAACGCCCUAAAGUGGCAGGCCAUCAGAGAGGUGGUGAAUGGCCCCAUGGAUGUGGUCAAGAGCAUUGACCGGAUGGUGACCAGCCUGAGCCCUCACUUGAUGGCAGAGACUGAUCACCUGACAAUUCACCGCCCCAAUAUCAAAGUGGAGAUGCAGCAGCAGUCACUGCAGGAAGGAUUCAGAGGAUCAAUCUUCUGUGGGCCUGAGACAGAGAAGCACACCAACCUAGACUGUAUUUCAGUCCCACUUCAGAAGAUACAGGAUCUCCAUAACAACGGCUUCACUAAGCUCACGUUGGUCAAUACGUGGUAUGGCUCUCUGCGGCCUCUUUUCAGUGCUGAGGAGAACAUCACUAUGGUUCCGACGGUCACGGAUGGCAGCCAGAGGUAUUUGGGCACUGUCUUGGGCUCCUCUGUCAUCUCCACCACAGCACUGGGAGAUGAUCAGCCGGUUAGCAUGGCAGUUCACUUCCAGCUCCGGCACAGAGUACAGAAUCCAACUGGUACUGUGUAUGAUCCAGUGUGUGCAUUCUGGGAUUUUGAUCUCAGUCCAGAGGCUGGUGGGUGGUGGAAUACCAAAGGCUGUGAGGUAGUGUCCAAAGAAUAUGGAUACACUGUGUGCCAUUGCAACCAUACCACAAAUUUUGCAUUGCUGCUGCAGGUUUAUGAAGCCCAGAGGAGCCCGGAGAACGAAAACGCUCUGCAGGUGUUGACGUUCAUCGGCUGUGGAGUGUCUCUGUGUGGCCUCCUCUUCACCUUCAUCCUCUUCAUCGCGGUGGGUGUCCCUAAAUCAGACCGUACCACUGUGCAUAAGAACCUGAUAGUUUCUCUGGGCAUCGCGGAGCUGCUGUUGAUGUGCAGUGACUGGGCGUCUGCAAAUGAGGAAGCGUGCUUCAUGGUGACUGCACUCCUUCACCUCUUCUUCAUGGCGUCCUUCUCCUGGAUGCUUGUGGAGGGCCUGCUGCUCUGGAGCAAAGUAGUGUCAGUCAACAUCAGUGAGGACCGCAGGAUGAAGCUCUACUACAUCAUUGGCUGGGGACUGCCUGUUCUAAUAGUUGGUGUAACACUGGCAGUAUCAGUGGACAAAUACAAGGCAGAUGAUCACUGCUGGCUCAAUGUGAAGACUGACACCAUCUGGGCCUUUGUGGGACCUGUAAUAUUUGUCUUGGCGGUCAAUGCAGUUGUGCUGUGUCGGGUUGUCAUGGUGACGGUUUCCAGUGCUCAUCGUCGUGCUAAGAUGCUCAGUCCAAGCUCAGCAUCAAAGUUGCAGACCUUUGACCUCACCUGGGCUGUGACACGUCCAGUGCUCAUCCUGCUGCCCGUGCUGGGUUUGACCUGGCUGUGUGGGGUGCUGGUCCAUCUGUCUGUUGUAGUCGCCUAUGUCUUCAUCGCCCUUAAUGCCUUCCAGGGCCUGUACAUCUUCUUAGUGUAUGCUGUUUACAACAGUGAGGUGAGGAAUGCCAUAAAGAGGAUCAAAGAAAAGAGAAAGGCCUUAUCUUUCACGAACUGUUCCCAGCCAACCAGCUUCCUGCCAUCCCAAAGGGCCCCAAUUACCUCCUGGUGCCGCAGUCAACCUGCCCCCUCCAGUCCUGAGACUAGUGAGACCUCUGGACCCCCCAGUUCCACGUCCACAUCAUUGGUUAUCAAGAACGAGAGUUUCAGAACUGACAGCUUUGUGAGUUUCUCUCUAAAACCAGCAUCAGGAGACCAAGUGGUCCAGCUGACUGCAUUCAAACCAUCAGGUACAACGCUUACAUCUCUUACUACUGGAGUUUGCAUUAUUUGA